UUUUUGGGAGAUGAGAAGUCAAAAUGCGCUCAGCUCGGACCGCAGCGGAGGAUCAGUAGGAGCGGCCAGGAGGAGGACGCACACACCGGCCGGCGUGAGGACAGACACAGGGACACAGACGGAGCUGAGGGAGGACGGCUCCUCGUCUCUCUGACACACCGAGGCUCGGCUGAGAAGUCGGGGCAGCUGCCUGACCCGGAGCCGGGGGGCACCAUGGUUGUGUCGCUGCGGGGCUGGGUCGCCAACGAGGGAGGGAAGCAUCUGAUCCUGAUGCUGUGGUUGGCAGCAAACACCUGGCUGUUCCUCAGGACCUUCCUGCUCUAUUCCACUGGACAUCAGUAUCACUACCUGUACGAGAUGCUCGGGCUCGGUCUGUGCAUCAGCAGGGCGUCUGCAUCCGUGCUGAACCUGAACUGCAGCCUGGUGCUGUUGCCCAUGUGUCGCUCACUGCUCACCUUUGUCAGAGGAACACACACGGUAUCGAGCAGAAAGACGCGCAGACUACUGGACAAGAGCAAAACCUUUCAUGUGGCCUGUGGAGUCACCAUCUGCAUCUUCUCUGUUGUGCACGUGUCCGCCCACUUGGUGAACGUCAUGAACUUCAGUGUGAGGUACUCGGACGACUUUCCUGCUCUCAAUUUGGCUCGCCACAGAGGAGAGGAUCCCAAGCUGAUCCUCUUGACCACAAUCCCAGGAGUCACGGGCGUCCUGUUGGUUCUCAUCCUCUUCCUGAUGUUCAUGUCCUCUUCCUCCUGCGUACGGGUGUCCAACUAUGAGAUCUUCUGGUACACACACAACCUCUUCAUUGUCUUCUACAUCAUCCUCAUGGUGCACAUGGUCGGUGGAGCUCUCAAGUAUCAGACCAACAUCGAGGCCCACCCCCCUGGCUGCCUCCGAGCCAAUCAGAGCAUCACAGAGCAGCACGACAAGGAGCUGCAGCAGGGUGAAGAUGAGGAGAGGAGAUGCCGAGAGGAGGCUCACUUCCAACCUCACUACCCCCAGACAUGGCUGUGGGUGUCCGGUCCUCUCUGUCUCUACUGUGCCGAGCGUUUCUACCGCUACAUCAGGGCCAGUGACCCCGUUACCGUGGUGACAGUCAUCAGGCAUCCCUGUGAUGUCAUUGAGUUGCGGAUGCUCAAGAAAAACUUCAUAGCUCGUCCUGGACAGUAUAUUCUUCUCAACUGUCCAGGCGUCUCUUCAUUUGAGAACCAUCCCUUCACCCUAACGACGUGUCCCACAGAGAACAAGAAAACCUUUGGCGUCCAUCUCCGAGUCUUGGGAGACUGGACUGAGCGGUUCACACAGCUGCUGCUCCCUCAACCGAGAGUAGACUUGGAGAUCCUUCCCAUGGUGCAACAGAGGCGAUAUCCCAAGCUCUACGUGGACGGUCCAUUUGGGAGUCCAUCAGAGGAAGUGUUCAACUACGACGUCAGUGUUUGUGUUGCUGGCGGAAUCGGAGUCACGCCGUUUGCCUGCGUGCUGCACGCUCUGCUUGACGGCUGGGAGGGUUUCAGGUUGCAGAGGUUGUACUUUGUUUGGGUCUGCAGAGAGCUUCAGUCCUUCUACUGGUUUGCUGAGCUGCUGUGUGCCCUUCAUCACAAGCUUUGGCGGGAAAACAGACCAGACUACUUUAAUCUGAAACUGUACGUCAGUCAGACAGACAGUCUACAGAGUAUGUCUGAGGAGAAGUACCGCCCCCUCGCCUCCAGGAUGCUGGUUGGACGACCCAGGUGGAAGUUGCUGUUUGAUGAGAUUGGGAGGUCCAAUAAGAAUAAGCGAGUGGGGGUUUUCUGCUGUGGACCGAGGGGCAUCUCCAGGACUCUGCACAAAUUAUGUAACUCAAGCCGAUCCUCUGGAACAAUCUUUGAAUUCAACAAGGAGUCAUUCAGCUGAAUGAACUUCAGAACAUUAAAAAAAAAAACUUUGGGAUGGAUUUUAUACAUUUAUAAAUAUACACGAUUUCUGAAGAACUUUUGGACAAUCAUGGUUACGUCAAAAUGUUGCACAAGUCCAAGAAAAGAAAAAAAGACUGUAUUUAUAUUUCAUUCGUCUCCUUGCCCGUGGUUACUUAAGGCCCGGGAGCAGAAGACCUUACCAUCUGCAGGCCAGCUAACCCCUGACCGACAAUCCACAGGCUUCUACUCAAGCCCCUGAUCCGAUCAAACCACUGAGACGAGCUGAAGAGAACGGCUCCUGAUGAUCUGUUUUUCUUCGUCUGCUGCUGGAUUUCAUCUUUUCCCCAUUGCACCCACUGUGGAGUAAAUCUGUUCACUCAGGUUGGAGUCUAAUCUGAAAAACACACUUGCAAUUCUUUGUCAACAAACACACCCAGACUACAUGGAGUUCAUCAGGGACCAGACAAAACUUUUUUUUAUCCAAAGAAAUAAUUAAAAAACCAAAGGAGUGGAACCACUAGGACAAAUCAAUUAUGCAGAAAACUAGUUCUGGAUUUAGUUUUACGAUCAACCUCAUUCAACCUGCACUUAAAAAUACCAACUCGCUCCCAAGCAGCUCUACUUACCAAAUACCUCAGGCUAUAGAGAAACAUUUUUAUACACAUACAAGCUGGGCAUUACUAACUGAGACCAUAAGGAUACAUAUUUAGAGGUAUGUUUGAUGACAGAUUCUUGAAUUAGGAUAGAAAACCCUGUCAUGUUAUUCAUGUGAUAACAAAAGCUCUGAGAAUAUAUUGGAGUUCUGUGUGUGUCCCUCUCAUGGAGUAGGUUUUGUAGUUUUAGUCAGAGACAAGUAUACGACUGGUGAAUCAGGGUCUGAGAUUAAAAAAGUGGAAACUAAGCACAAACAGCUGACACAUGAUAAAGUCUUUGUUUUAUCCUUUUUGUUUUGCUGUUGUACAAAAGCAACUACAACAACUAUCAGAAUCAGAAUCAGAAGUAUUUUAUAGCCAAGUAGGUUUACACCUACAAGGAAUUUGCUCUGGUUGUUUGUGCAUACAAUGAACAUGAACAUAGAAACAUAAAAACGCAAUAAAUACAACAUACAUAGGAAAAGCAAUAAAAAAUAUAAAACCAGUAUAUAUUUACUACACCUCAACUACACCUCAACUACACCUCAAGCCAGUGAGUUAUUUUGUUUGAAUUUAUUUAUAUUUCUUAAAACUUGUUUUACAUUUUGUGAAAAAUCCUCUAAAGGACUUUUUUUCCACAAAAGAGUAUCACACAUCGAAAGGGAGUAUGGAUAAAAAUGUAAAAAGUUUUACAAAUAGGUUUUAGUAGCUUGUUAUGUUAAAGGAGUCAAUACUAACUAGCUACCAUACACCACAUUUUAAAUAAAAAUGUUUUUGGAUGUUAAAGUGUGUCUCUAUUUUCAGGAUUUUCAGUUUUUUUGAAGAACAAUCUCAAAUCCUGAAUAAAAGAUUUUCUAUUUAUUACAUUUGAUUAUUUGUACAUAGUUAAUUAAUUACUACUGCUAAUCCUGUUUAUGCUAUUAUUACGAAUAUUAAAUUAAGAGUCACAAGCAUAUUAUUAAGAAACAAUGAUCUUCUGACAAUACAAAAAGUUUACUGUUAAGUAUCUAGCUAACCUAGCUAUCACUAAAUGAAAGGAAAAAACUAGUUUUUAUUUAAAAACAUGAUGUUUGACAAAACAACAGAGUGAACAUUUCUGCAAAGCCAAAAAAUUCACGAGGAAACUUGGAUCAAGUCAGAUUUUAAUGCACCACGUACAAAUCAUGAUUCAUCUUCAUUAUCAUGAUACAGCAUCUGCUGCACUUCUUUAGCACCAGUACUAACAUACAAGAGUGGGAUGUUGUUGGUUUGGUCAGUUUUUUUUAAUUAUUUUGCACCGAAAGACAUAAACUGAAUAAAAGUUUGGAAAUCUGUACGGAUGGAUGUACUUGGAAUAUCUAACCAACACAUUUCUAACCAGAGAGAUUAACAGAAGUGCUUUAAUUGUUUGAUUCACAAUUCCUCUAUUCACUCUCUAAAUAAUAUAUUUAUCUUUAGUGUCAGAAACAGGAGGCCUCAUUUGUGACAUUGUUUUGGCGGACUCAGAUUUUUGGCUUGGUCAAAGAUACAUGAAUGUAAAUAUCAUGGGGCAAACAUUUAUGCAGCCCCUAAAUGAACAGGAGAUGAAGGUUCAUUACUGAAACCCUCUUGUACAUGUGACCGAGACUUUAUCUGUAUGAAGCAACAAAUAAUGUGCCUUCAACAACUGCUUUCAGCAGACAUUACCUGGUUUCAAGGGACAUAUGUAUCAGUUCAGCUGUACUGUCAACUGAAUCUCAAUGAUUUACAGUAACAUACAAUAAAUCACAAGAAAUGUGUCCCUGCUCAGGUCAAUGAGGGAAGUCAAGUUGCCAAGGACAGAAUAAGAUCACUUUUUUUUUUUUUUUUUACUUCAGCUGCUGUCAUUGGCUGCAGAGUGGCCUCUGUAGACAGGCAAUAAAUAUUCCCUCAAGGUAUUUCACCCACACAGUGCAGUGUGCUGAGGUGUUGCAUUAUGGUAAUGAUCACCCGAGGGCUCGGAAAGUCUGUCACUUUGUAAGUUUGUGUCGCACAGAGAUGUUUCUUCAGUGAUAUGUACUGAAUGUAUAAAAUAUCAGGGACCUCUGAAAGAUUUAGCUCCCUGUCUCAAACGGGUCAGUUCACCCAAAUUUAAAAAAAUUCAUUUGUUGAGAUCUCUUCUGUUCUCUUCUUUCUCUUUUGCAUACAGAAAAUAAAAGAAACCUUGGAAAAUAAAUUGUUUUCCUAACAUGUGCUAUG